AGUUUGGCACCUACUUUAGCAAGGAACAUUAUCUCUUUUUUUGAGAGAGAGAGAGAGAGAAGAAGGAGGGGAAGGUUGAGGUUAAUUAUAGAAAGAAGGAACCUUUAUGUUGGAGUAACAGUGUGCAGAAACAGCAUAUAUCAUUCACAUUCAACCAUUAUUCAUAAACAAUGGAGGGUGAUAAACAUGAUCUCUGUGUUUUCACAAGAGAACUGUGUUGGCACCUCACCUUUAUGCAGUAGAAGAAGCAUCAACCACCAUCACCACGCUGCCAUCUUCAUCAUUAUCCCUUCAUAAUUUUUUGGAUAUGGGGACUCUGGCUCUUGAAACCGAGGAUGUAAGUUCAGACAUAUACCUUUCAUUGGGGCUCAAAGGAUUGGAUAAAGGAGUAGGAGUACCACGAGUUUUGUCUCUUCUCUCUUCACUUCUUGAGAGAUCAGUUCAGAGAAAUGAAAUGCUAUUGGAGUCGAACCAUAUAAAAGAUGUUGUUACAGUAUUUCAUGGUUUAAGAGCACCUGCUCUGAGUGUUCAUAAAUACAUUGAUCGUAUCUUCAAGUACUCAGGUUGCAGCCCAUCCUGUUUUGUGUUGGCACACAUAUAUGUGGAUAGAUUUCUUCAGCAUACAGAGAUCAAAUUGACUUCUCUUAAUGUACACCGGCUUCUGAUCACAAGCAUUAUGCUAGCAGCGAAAUUCAUGGAUGACGCGUUCUUCAACAAUGCUUACUAUGCUAAAGUUGGAGGAGUAAGCACGUCUGAAUUAAACAGGUUGGAGAUGAGCUUUCUGUUCGGCAUAGAUUUUAGACUUCAGGUUAGUGUAGACAAGUUUCAAAGAUAUUGUUGGCAAUUGGAGAAAGAAUCUGCAGAUAUACUCCAAAUUGAAAGGCCAAUGCAGGCUUGUAGGAUUAAAGAAAGCUGGGAUGAUUCUACGUGUGCUUCCACAAUUGCAGGAUGAAAAAUGUGCAAGCACCACCAUGUACCAUUGCUGUUCCACAAUUAACCGGGACAAAAUGAAAUUUGAAGUGUUAAAAACAAAAAGGAUUUCUAUACACAUACCAUCAGUAACUCAACCAAUUUUUUCUGGUCACUGUUGUGAUUUGUUAUGCUUCCAUUUCUCUGUAGUUUUUGUGUUUUGCCUUCUUAUGUAAUUGCAAGCAUGUUACCGGAUUGUGAGUGGUGAAAUUUUUAUCCCUUAUAAUUUGUUUGAGUUUCCUCUAA